AUGGACGACGAUCAUCAAGUUCCUGAAGGCGAUCUGUCAACUUUCGAAGAUACAAUCCCGCCUCCUGUGCUUCCGAGCGAAAACAAAACAAGCGGUGAUAAAAAAAGAAAAAAAAAGGAAAAGAAGACGCCGCACCUUCCAGAAACCGUCACUCCAGAUGAACCAAAAGUUGAUAAGCCGUCUGAAAAUUUCCCGAAAGCAGCCUCAGAAGAUUCAAAGGCGAUUCUCGAACCCAGAAUUCCAAAAGCCGGAGACGAUACAGGUGACGAUGGACAGGAGAAGAUAAUGGAUAAGAAAGGCAAACGGAAGCAAAAGAACAAGGAAAGAAAAAUUAAGAACAAGACGCAGAGAAAAGAGAAGGCGAUGGAAAUUCAGAAAAUAAAAAUUCGGAAAAUUAAUGAGGUUAAGAAAGCGAUAGGAAUGUCGAUGCCAAGAACAAUUGUGAUGAAGAAAAGUCAGAAAAUUAAAGUAACUAAGAAAUCGGUUGAACUGUCGAUGCUGAAGGCGAUGUUAAUAGAGGCGAUGCAGCCGAAGCAUCUGGAGCAUUUUUUGACGUCACCACUGAAGCUUCUGAAGCGUCAGAAGACGUACUGGCAGCUUCUUGAGCGUCAGAAGCAUUUGGUGACGUCACUGAAGCUUCUGAAGGAAACCGUCACUCCAGAUGAACCAAAAGUUGAUAAGCCGUCUGAAAAUUUCCCGAAAGCAGCCUCAGAAGAUUCAAAGGCGAUUCUCAAACCCAGAAUUCCAAAAGCCGGAGGCGAUACAGAUGACGAUGGACAGGAGAAGAUAAUGGAUAAGAAAGGCAAACGGAAGCAAAAGGCGCAGAGAAAACAGAAGGUAGGAAUUGAAAAAGGGGAAAAUUCGACUGAUAAUUAA